CAAAUGAGCACGUUUGACUUUCUCAAAGUUCAGAACUUCAAUCCGUCGAAAAUCGGUUUCUGAGUUUGGACUUUUUUUUUGGGGGGGGGGUGUUCCAUAAAGAGUUGAAUGAGUACUUGGACUUUGUGAACUCCCGAGUCUGACCUGUUCGGCACGUCAUCGCUUGUUUCCCUCACUGCAAGAAAUGACGGCGCCAGUUUUUAGCCGUCCAAAGUUUUGUUCCGAAGAGGCGCGCGGCCGCGUUGACGUCACAGGCACGCGCGCCGCGUUCGGAUUUGACAUCAUCCCGCACGCGUACGCGCACGCGCAACUUCCAUCGUGUCGAAUCAGACGAACGCGCUUUCCUCGUUUCGAGGAGCUCUUUUUCGGAACCGACGACUCGGUCGCCCGGCGUCGGUUCCGAAUCGACUCCGUCGGCCUCAUCGUGCGCGACCGUUCGCCUCCUCGGCCGGCUCGCGAUUGGCUGCGGACCGCGAGCUCACGCGGCGCCGAUUGGCCGAGGAGCAGGAAGGGCCAACCGAUGCGUUGCGCCGCUGCGGCUGCCGAAUUAACUGCUGCCUUCUGCGCGCGCGCGCGCGCGCGUGUUUGCCUUUUUCUCCCCAAAGCGCGCAUGAAAUAGUUUGUUGGGCUACAACUUCGCUACUCCGUCCAUGCGUCCGUCCGUCCUUCCUUCCUUCCUCCCUCCCUCCCUCCCUCCCCACCUUCUUCCUCGCCUCCUCGCUCGCGCACUCGGCGGCGGCGGCGGCGGCGGCGGCGGCUCACUUCCGACUCGGCGCGCUCGGUGAUGUUGGACAUGGGCGAACGCAAAGAGCUGAAAAUGAUCCCCAAGCCGUCGUUCACCAUCCACAGCCUGGUGCCCGAGGCCGUGCAGAGCGACAACCGCAACCACAGCCUCCGCCUCCACCAUCACCACCUGCACAACCACGUCCACAACCUCCACAGCCACAGCCACAGCCACAGCCACAACCAGAACCAGAACCACAAUCACAACCACAACCAGAACCGCGGGGACGACGCCGAGCACAAGCCGGUGGCCGCCGCCGUCGCCGUCGCCGUCGCCGCCGCCGCCGCCGCGCAGCAGCAGGCGGAAGCCGACGGCGAUCCCGCAGCGGGGCCCGAAUUAGGCUCGGCCGGCCCGGAAGCGCCCGAGGCGGCAUCGGCGGCAUCGGCGGCAUCGGCGGCAUCGGCGGCAUCGGCGGCAUCGGCGGCUUCGGCGGCUUCGGCGGCUUCGGCGGACAAGCCCGAAGACAAGAAGGAAGGCAAAGACGCAAAGGAGGCGGACAAGAAGGGCGGCGGCAAGUUCGAGAAGCCUCCGUUCUCGUACAACGCGCUGAUCAUGAUGGCGAUCCGCCAGAGUCCCGAGAAGCGGCUGACGCUCAACGGCAUCUACGAGUUCAUCAUGAAGAACUUCCCGUACUACCGCGAGAACAAGCAGGGCUGGCAGAACUCCAUCCGCCACAACCUGAGCCUCAACAAGUGCUUCGUCAAGGUGCCGCGCCACUACGACGACCCGGGCAAGGGCAACUACUGGAUGCUGGACCCCAGCAGCGACGACGUCUUCAUCGGCGGCACCACCGGCAAGCUGCGCCGGCGCUCCACCACCUCGCGGGCCAAGCUGGCCUUCAAGCGCGGCGCCCGCCUGGCGUCCGGCGGCCUCGCCUUCAUGGAGCGGGCCGGCUCGCUCUACUGGCCGGUGUCGCCCUUCCUCUCGCUGCACCACCCGAGGGCGGCGGCGGCGGCGGCGGCGGCCGCGGCGGCGGGCGGCUACGGCGGGGCGGCGGCGGCGGCGGCGGCUGCGGCGGCGGCGGCGGCGGCCGCCUACCCGGGCCACCCCAUGUCCUACGGCGCCGGGCACCCCUUCCCCCCGCCGCCCAACGGCCUGAGCGUGGAGCGGCUGGUGGGCGGGGAGCUGCCCUACGCCGCCGCCGCCGCCACGCACCACCUGACGGCGGCGGCGCUGGCGGCCUCGGCGGUGCCCUGCGGCCUGUCGGUGCCCUGCUCCGGCGCCACCUACUCCCUCAACCCGUGCUCGGUCAACCUGCUGACCGCCGGCCAGACCGGCUACUUCUUCCCGCACGUCCCGGUGAGCGGCACGCCGGGCGGCGGCGGCGGCGGCGGCGGCGGCGGCGGGACCCAGAUCGGCCGGGCCCCGGCCUCGGGCUCCCCGCAGGCCGCCUCCUGUGACUCCCUCAGGCCGCCCAUGGGCGCCUCUCUGCCGGCCUUCCCGUCCGGACUGUCCGCCGGACUCUCUGACUAUUUCACGCAGCAGAACCAGGCCUCCGCGCCCAACCCGCUCAUCCACUAACGGAACGGAACCGGCAACUGUAAGUGGAACAUUUAGAAACAACAACAACAACAACAACAAAAAAAAAAAAAAAAAACAAACAAACAAACAACCGGGAAGUUUCCAGGUAUUUUGUAAUAUUAUUAUUAUUCUAAUGAUUGUUAAUGUUAUUGUUGCUGUUCUGGACUUGUGUGUUGAUAGUGCGCGCGUCGCGUCGCGUCUCCUAGAAUGUUACUUUUGCUUCGUGUGCUUUUUUUGCCCCCCGGCAUUUACACUUGAACAUGUUUCAGUAUUAAACGUGACGCGGAGUUCGGAUUUGGGCAAGUUCCGAUUUGUGACUGAAGAAAUGUCCAACUUCACACGCACGCGCAGCGAGCCUCUUGUUCUUUUUUGUCUGCUGGUCUCGUGGACCCCCAAAUGUUCUUCUGCUUGUCUUUCGACGUCUUCUUCUUUUCUCUCUUUUUUCUUUUUCGUCUCGUGUCGCUUUGACCUCAAAACAAAACAAGAGAGAGGAGCGGAAAAUGUUGCAAUUUUGACGAAAUAAAGCUAGCUGACCUUGUUCAAAUUCUUCUGUCUUCUUCCUUUUUUUUUGGGCUGACGUGCACGCGCAUGUUGAUAUUUGUUUCAGCAAGCGAGAAAGAAAUCAACAAUGCGCGUCCUCGUAUGUAGGUUAGCGGCACAUCAAAGUGUGUCACACGGCUUCCGGUUUUGUUUUGUGGAACAAAAAACGCGCGCGCUCGCUCGGUUUCGGUGCGCGCGCGUGCGCGUGAAUUUGUGUCAGCCUAUUUCUACAUUAAAACAACAAAACAAAAAAGUGAGCAAGAAAGAGCAUUUGCGCCGCGUGAUGACGUCACCUUGUUAUUUCUUUUUGGGGUCUUUUGCAGAAAUCAAAACAAUUAAAUGUUUCCAAAAGUGUGCUCUUAUGACAAUUUUUUUGUUCACAAAUUCGUAUUGUCCUUGAUGUCAACAUAGUUUGUCCUGAGCUUGAAAAUAAAAUCAAUAGAUUUAGUUUCUUCUGGAAUGAUUCUGCAUUCAUUUGCUACUAAACAAAAUACAUUAUUAAUACAUUUUGUCUGACUUACCCGAAUAAAACAAAUCUAAAUGUA